AUGUUUGUCACCAAGUCGUUUCUCCUCUUUCUUCUCCGGAUAAUAAUAUCUGUUGUCUAUUCAGAAGCAGACACGCCCCCUCCCCCUGAGCCCGAACCUAUCGAUAUCAUUGAGUUGCCCCUGCCACCUGUAGCUAAUAGCUCGCAAGGAUCAUGUACCUUAGAGUUAGAUCCUCUUGGCACAGGCUGUAUCCUACAGCAUGGAGGGCUGAUUCAGUCGGGAAGCUUUCUGCCUGACGGCAACCAUGUUAUUGCCCGUGUCAACUAUACUGGCGCACCCGACUCAGGAAGCCUAUACGCUGGGGACCAAUUAAUACUCAUUAAAUCCGACGGCACUACUUUCCGCAAUGGCAGCCCGUUCAAAUGCGUUACCUGUGGAGUGCCCAAGGAUAACGCUAUCGGUCGAGCCAACGAUCUGGAUUAUCCUCAGGCAUUCCGCGACGGAAAACGGAUUUUAGCCGGUACUAAUAUCAUUGAUUGCGGAGAAUUCGACCUCAGCAGCGAUCAAUGUGUCCCCGAGUCGACAUUUAUAUAUCCUAUUCGUUGGAACACCGCCGUAGAUGGAUCAGGAGAGGGCGGGAUCAUGCGCGAAUUGCGUGUACAUCCCGAUAACAUACACAUCGGCUUUAAUUCAUUCGUUAGCACCGGGGGCAAAUUAGGCCAAUACGGCUACGUGGGCCGGCUUGAAUUUAAUCCAUCACCAACCACUGGCCUACCUUUAGCACCCCGAUAUGACUUAGCGAAUGUGAACGUCUUGGUUAGCGAUGGUACCAAAAACCAGCCACUACUCUUUGACGGAAAUCGGGUACGUAUCAAUCCUGAUGCUAUCACCGUAGGCGAAUUCAGAGGAUUUAGCGGAAGCGGUAAGGAGGCUACGUAUAUCGGUAGUCCGAGAGAAUCAUCAAACAUCGACGUGUUUGCCGUUGACCUGACAUCGGGCGCUGUCCGUAGGCUCACAAGUCACCCCGAAUACUGUGACCCUAUUGAUAUCUCGGCGGAUGAUGAAUGGAUAGCGAUUAUGGAUACUCGGGGCAGCGACAGGCAGAUGUUCAUGGCCGGCAUGCGGAAUAUCCCCCCCAUCACGGAUUUGGUUUCUGCGACAGCGGCAUCUUCCACCCGAAAUAACGGCGAUCGACGUUUCUUUCAGCCGUAUCUUCUCGAUAAGUAUGGAGACCGCGGGGAUUAUUACGGACAGCGUAUCAAUGGGGCGGGUGAUGGGAGCCCGGGCAGCAUUAGCGACCCACUAUGGAACGGACGAGCCGACCCUAGAUUUUCUCUAGACACCACGCGGCUGGUGUAUUGGGAAGCUCUUGUCGUUGCGCCGGCUUGCGGAGGUAAUAAUCCACUUUCUUGCCCUAAUUCGACCGAACCUGGUGGCCGGACCGAGCGAGUGAUGGUGGCGCAUUUCACUUCUCGCCAGCCGGUAUCAUUGGCACACGUUGAGCCAUUAAACGACACUAUCCCUUGGGCCACCCCUUACGAACCGGGAUACGUCCCUCCCCUACCAUUGCUAGUUCCUAGCGGCGAGUAUAUAAUGUAUGGCGAGGUAGCUGGUUCGGCUCACAUCACCAUCGUUGCAGACACCAACCUCACGAUUGUCAGGUCUGUUGCUGUAAAAUACGACAACUUCUCUGAUGAUGGACUUACCUUUCUCGAUGGUACAGAGAACGUCACGACGCAGAAUCCAACCGUCACUCUGAACAUAGUCGACUGGUAUUCCGACCUGGUCCAAACCGGACAGACGAAUGCUACUAAGGUGACAAGCCCCGAUGGAUUCCACUUGUCUAUUGACGCGUUCACGAAUAUCUUCGAUGCGAAUGGCACGCUGAGCACUACCAUCAAUGGUACCUUGUACACCCAACCAGCAAAUGGCACUUGA